AUUGUUUAUUUAUUUAUUUUAAUUUUUAUGUUAUUAGAGCAAAUCCAAACACUGAACAUGUUUUUAAACUAAGCUAUAAAUACAAGUAUUUUAGAUCAUAUUGCUUUUCUCUUGACCUUAUUUACAUAUGUGACCUUCAAUAAUCCAAACAUAAUCAGAUUAUAUUACUUUCAUAUUGUGAUACUUGGAUUACGUCGUUGUUUAAAUUUUUUAUGAAGUAAUUUGUAACUGUAACGGAAUACGUUUUGCUGUAACCCUCCCAACCCUGCCUGUGAUAUAGAAUAUAUAAGUAGGUGCACUACAGUAAGGACCCUCGCUCCCCUGUGACCCAUUUAAUCAGUGAAAUGAUCUCUGGUGUGUAACAUUAGAACAGCGCUAACAGUAACAUGUUGAAAAGCAUGAAGCAGAUCUGCUACACACACACACACACACGGUGGGAGCUGUAGAGGCAGCAUGAUGGUGCCGCAGCGUGUGUGUGUGGCUGCUGGCCAGGACUCGGUGUGUGUGUCGGUGGUGUUGGAGUUGUUGGAGCAGCAGCAGUGUUUUUAUGCGGAGCUGAUGGAGCAGCAGGAGCGCAACAUCACCGCUCUGAUGAAGAGGAUGGUGGAGAUGAGCUCAGCACGGCUGAUGAAGGAACUCCAUGACCUGAAGGUCGGACUGCAGAGGGUUCACGCUGAUGUCUCACUCCUCCGCCGACACACCGCCCUCACCACACACUGCCUGGACAACCUGAGACAUGGACUGAUGGAGGAGAGCAGAAUGGUGGGCAGGAAGGGUGGAGGAGUGGACAAGAAGACAUCAGGGAGGAUGGAGACAGGUGGAGGUGCAGGUAUGAAGACAGCAGAGAUGAAAAGAUUGGAGGUGUGGGACAACGAACCGAAGGCCAAGAGACUGGUAGCAGAUCUGACUGACAUCCAGCUCCAGGAUAUAAAGGCUGACCAACUCACUGAGGAACAGAUCACCGAGUUUAGGGAGGCAUUCAAGUUGUUUGAUAAGAAUGAAGACGGUUCUAUCAGCACUGCAGAGUUGGGCUCAGUGAUGCGCUCCCUGGGACAAAAUCCCACCGACACCGAACUGUACCACAUCAUCCGAGAGGUGGACACUGAUGGAAAUGGGAUGAUUGACUUCCCGGAGUUUAUCACUAUGAUGGUGAGGAAGAUGAAGGAUACUGGCAGUGAAGAUGAGAUUCACGAGGCCUUCAGAGUGUUUGAUAAGGAUGGGAACGGCUUCAUUAGUGGGGCAGAGCUGCGUGUCGUCAUGACGAACCUUGGUGAGAAAGUUACGGAUGAGGAAGUGGAUGAAAUGAUCAGAGAGGCAGAUAAGGAUGGAGAUGGACAGGUCAACUACCAAGAGUUUGUACAGAUGAUGACGGCUCAGUGACGUUCUGCUCUCCUCGUCUCACUUCCACUCAGAUUCUCUUUAUUUAACCAUGUUUCUUGCUUUUGGGCCUGAUGUUUUUUUUCGUCACAAGGCCUUUGUGAGUUUUUUAGGUGAAAAAUGAACUUUUCUCUGAUAUUCAUAUUCACAGUGUGUGUGUGUGUGUGUGUGUGUGUGAGAGAGAGAGAGAUUGAAUAGGAGCACAGAGUUUUAUUUUCCUCUCACACUCCAAAGCUCAGAUCCAAGACUCUUUACUGUAUGUGUAUGUGUGUACGUGUGAUGUAAAAUAUUCUGAUGUAGAGCUUUAGCAUAAAAACACUCACUCUGAAUUUUAGUACAUGAAACUGAGGUGAUGUUUUUACAAACACAGUGGAGCUGUUACCAUGGAAACGAUGGAAAGCAGAUAAAAACAC